AUGGCCUUAGCUACUACACUACUCUUUCGAGGUGAAAACAUCGUUCCAAAAGAAGUUGGACAAAAAUUAAUUAUGGAUAUGAAACAAUGGUGGCGAUUUUCUGAUCUAACACCUACUGGAUUUAAAUGUGGAAUUAAUUAUUGUCGUCCGUAUAUUUUUAAUGAUGAAUCUGAUCUUGCAUUGACUGAUAAACAAGUGUGUGCAUUAAUUAAUGAGACGGCUACAUCCAAAUAUCUUUGCGAGAUGGGUUUGAAUCAAUUAGAUCAAUCUUCCAAAGCACAAGACGAAUCAACAGAACUCAUCGAAGCGCAGAAUUAUUUGCAAGGAUUAAGAGAAGAUUAUCAAAAGCUGGAACAGGAGAUUAUCAAUGACAAUGGCUUGAAUUUGACUACUCCUUUUGUAUAA